CUCCGGGUGUUAUUCAACAUGGCUGUGCCUGCUGGGAGGUCUGUGGUCUUCGUGACUGGAAACGCAAAGAAACUCGAAGAGGUCAUUCAGAUCCUGGGAGACAAGUUUCCCUACAAACUAGUGUCGAAAAAGAUCGACUUGCCUGAAUACCAAGGAGAGCCAGAUGAGAUUUCCAUACAUAAGUGUCAGGAGGCUGCACGGCAGGUUGAUGGGCCAGUCAUCGUGGAAGACACCUGUCUUUGUUUCAAGGCUCUGGGAGGCCUGCCUGGUCCUUACAUAAAAUGGUUCCUGGAUAAACUCCAUCCAGAAGGCUUGCACAAACUCUUAGCUGGGUUUGAAGAUAAAUCAGCGUGGGCUCUCUGCACUUUUGCUUACUCUGCUGGGAAAGAUGAACCAGUCCAGCUCUUUAGAGGGAAAACAGAGGGACACAUUGUGGAACCCAGGGGGCCUCGAGACUUUGGAUGGGAUCCCUGUUUCCAGCCAAACGGAUAUGACAAAACCUAUGCUGAACUGCCCAAAGACGUGAAGAAUACUAUCUCUCACCGCUACCGGGCGCUCGCUGCCAUGUCUGAGCACUUCUCUCAAACCAACAACACCAACAACACCUCACCACAGAACAAGAAGAAGAAGCAGGAGGAUUAACCCUUUAUUGGGCGAAGAAUUAUAUUUGGUAACUUCAGUGGAUAUCAAAAUGGGGUCCCCAUAUUUGGUCUUAGAACCACAUGGACUUGUACGAGGAGAAUUUGACUAUGACAGCAUAUUAUGGCCAAGUAUGAAUAAAAAUAGAUAUAAAAAGGG